UGACAAUUUGAACGACAGUAUUUGUGUACAAUUUGCUGAUGGCCACGGAGAGUGUAAAUGUGACUUUCGCUUUGCCCGACGGCUGAACGAAAGCACUUGUCUUCGUGAGUGUCCUAAGUCAUGUCUUAACUGUUAAUUAAUAACCCUGCGGUACCGUAUAGUCAUAGUAAUAAGUACCGGUAAGUAAUAAUUAUUAUAGUGGAAAUUAAAUGGUCAAAGGGAGAGAAGGCUGCCAAUGGCCAAUAACUUCAAUAACUAUUACCGGUAUUACACAACUCAAAUUCUUGUUCAAGGGUUUAUUUUUUUUUACUAGAGAUUAUGGAUAUAUUCUCUUUUUAAGAUUGAUUAUACCGGUGUAUGGAAAAGAUGUGGUGGAUUGGGGGCAUAGCUAGACUUUGGGUUGCUUGGCCAAUUUAAGAUUAAGGCCUAAUGUACCAGUACAUAUGCUUUAUUUAUGUGCUACUUCUUCUACAAGUAUUUCUAUUUUUAGCUGUGCAGACCUAUGAACUGACACUACACCUGACGGAGGAGGCCAGAACCUAUGAUUACUUUCCUUUGGAGUACAACCCAUUUUACAAUGACCCGAAAUCCCCAGAGUUUAUACAGUUUGCCGAGAGAGUAUCUCAAACAGGGGUAGUAUUGUACAUUCGUUUUAAGUUUAAUACCGGUUUAAUACUUAAAAUUAUAAUAUAAAAAAAUAAUUGGUACCGGUACUGUCCAACAGAGGGAUUUUAUAAAAAUGCAAGUUGUACACAUUAUUAAUUGUUUUAAAUUAAAAUUAAAUACAAGAUUACUUCCAAAAUUAUAUUGGUCAAUCUGUACCUGAUCAAAAUAAUCUUUUAUUAACCAGGUACAUUUCUUAUUUUUAUCAAUUUAUUCUGUUUGUAAAAUCAAUUUCAACCAUUUUUUUUUUAAACUUCAAAAACUUAAAAUUAUGUGACCAACUCAAAGUUAAGUGGACAAAACAACUUAAAUAUAAAGGGAAAUUGAAAUGUGAUUAACCUUAGUAAGGAAAAGAAACAUUUGCAUUGCAUUCAGUGUAAGUACCUGUAUACAAAUUAUAAAAUACUAGACUCAAUUGAUAGACCUACAUAAUACCCUAAUAGCAGUGGCAGGAAUUUUGAACAAGGCAGAUUGUGAUAAAAGUAAAAGGCACUGGAUUGGGAAUUUAAGCUGCACUGUAUAAAGUUUAGUCAUCAUGUUUAGAAAAUGUACCUAAAUUAGAAUUAAGUCUGAUGUUGAAUAACAAAUGGGUCAUUAUUAUUGAAAUGAUAUUCUAUAUAACAGUUAAACUUAAGCAUGAAUCUAUUAUUAUUAUCACUGAUAAUACAAUCAAUUAUCACAAAAAGAAACUUUUAUUUGUCUAGAAUUGUUACUUCUGUUACCUACUUUAAAAAAAUUGAUUGAUAUUGAUAAUUGGUAUUAAUGGUAUUGAUAUCAUCUCAAAACAACUAAAGUUAAAGCACAUGCAUGCAAUAUAAUUAUAAUAUUUUUUUUUCUCAAUUGCCUACAGCUUGAGCCUCUUUUCUUUCCAUCUGCUCUGGGCAGCAGAUAUGUCUCCAGUAAUGUAACAGAAAUUGUAAAUCUUGAUUCAUCUGGACAAAGUGUGUCAUUGGGAGUGAAAGUCACUGCUCUAAUUCACUUGACAGCCUUUUAUCUAAAUGCAACAGGCUCAAAAGACAUUUACUCUGUUAUAAAGAAUGAAUUAGAAAGGUAUUCAUUCUACAUUCAGUUUAUUAAUUUUUUUAAAAUCUCUUAAAUUUUUUUUUUAAUGUUGUAUGUUUAAUUCUUAACUCUGCUCGUCAAUGGAUAAAUUCCUGCCCAGUUUUUGAAAAAAACCAAGGUACAGUGAUCUCUAGUCUAUCACAGGCUCACAUUUUUGGUCUCACUCUAUCGCAGAUUUUUAAACAAAUUUUUUACUUGUACUUGUACGGUACAGAUCUAAUUUUUGUAUCACAGAAUUUUCACUACAUCAUGGGAUUUUGCUGUAUGAUAGGUUACUGUUAUAUAUUCUAUAUAUAUAAUUUGCCAGAAGAAGUAGGGCAAACAAGACACAGGCUAUAAAUAGCUACGCCAGAGCAAGCAAGAUGAAGACGCAGGCAAACCCUCCCUUCUCUCAGGUCGGCGUGAAAUAUAAAAAGGGGGGGGGGGGGGGGGGAAUGUAGCAAAAUUGGCAUACUUAAAUGUGCGUACGGUAACUUGAGGUUACGUUUUUGUCAAGUUACUUUUGGAGAUGGGAAGUUCAUGCAUUGCUACCGCCAAUGUUUGGCGGGCUAUAACUUCUAGUUUUAUAUAUUUUAAUUAUUUUUGCAUGAUAAGAAUAGAAUUUUUAUGUUGUUUAAUUUAUGUAUUUAAAUAGUGUAGAAAGUGUAUAAGUAUAAGAGUAUUAUAAGAGCAUACAAAGUGUUUAUGAGUAGGGGAAGUGUUUAUAAAUCCUUAAAAUAUACCAGAAUAUGAAUAAUAAAUUAUGUAAGGUCGCGACUCUCGGAUUUUCACCUGUUGCGAGUGGGAGUAUGUCUAGAACCUAACCCCUGCAAUAAACUAGGAUCACUUUCAUCAUUGAAAAAAACGUGCCCCAACAAUCACCUGCAUUCUGUUUUGACUUAACCUUAGUGUAAAACAGUUUUAAACAGUGGGGUAGAUAGAUUUUGUGGUGCCCGGGUGGCCCUUUGCUGCCGCUAAUUCACAAAAGCUACACACUACAAUGCAAAUAAUACAAAUCAAAAGAGAAAAGUAAUAUAACUUAUAUGAAGCAACCUAAAAAUGCCCCCACCCCCAAACCUUCUGACCUCCUCAUCCUACUACACCUGAGGUGCUAUUCCAAUCAAGUGCAUGUUACCGAAUGUUACCUAAUACAAAUAUAUUCAAUGUUUAUUGUUAGUUUAUUUAAUAUGAAAUGUUUGGAUAGCUUUGAAGGUUCAAUAUUUUAGUGGUGAUAUGGUGCUGAGAAAUUAAAAUGACUGCAAUGGCAUAGAUUUUCAAGACAAUGAUCCAAAGUUUUUGUGACUCUAGUCAACACCAAUGUUCAGCUUGUCUAAUUUACAGUUCUGAAAAUACGGUAAUAAAAAUCAUUGUUUGCUGAGUUUUUCUCCUAGCUGAAUUUGAAAAAAAUCAUUGGACUAUCACAAGAAUAGUUCAUUGGGUUUGAUGUGUUGGUUGGUUGAAUCUAAAUCUAAGAGAGUUGGGGGUGUUUGGAGUAAGCUGACAUUUUAUAAAGGCCUUAAUUUAAGAGGCUUAAUUAAAUCUUUUAAAAAUUGUGUGUACCAUUGUCUAAAACAGUAGAUUUUUACUUCAUUACAAAUCUCACAUUCAAAUUAUAAGUGCAGAAAACUACAGCCAGAUGUGGAUUUAAAUUAUUAGGGUUGAGAAUAGGGGAGAGGUCCUACAACAAGGAUUGGAUUGCUGUAUCUUAAAUCAUUUUCCCAAAACAUUAGACUGCUAUGGAAAGCACACAGCUCAAUUUAAAACCCCCUUCCUCACUUGUCAGUUGUCACUCCCCUGAGCCCACUAGCGUCACAAUUGAAAAAAUGUAACUUGAAGUGUUUUUAACAGCGGCAUAAUCAACAAAAAUUUGUUUUUAAUAGCAAUGACAGGGUUCUAGGAAAAAGUGGCCUCAAGAUUCAGAGCAUAAGUAAAGACAGCUUCACUGUUACAGGUUAGUUGUGUGUUAGUUGGUUACUAUGUCUCAAGUGGAAACAAAGUUUUUUAAAAAUAGCCCACAACAGCAAUUUUUUAAUCAAAGGAUAUAUUUGUAACCGGGUAUGAAGGACUGAGCAUUUCUUAAAUGGUUUUUGAAAGUUAUGGUACCAUAUAUAAUAUAAUGAAAUUUUACCUUUGGCAAUAGUAUACAUAAAAGAUGUAGAUAUACUGGUAAGCAUUUAACAAAUAUAAAUGAUCAGACACACAUGUUCUAUAAAAUAUCUAGCAGUGAAGUUAAAUAUGUAGAAUGUAAUUAUUGUAAUUGGUUAAUGCAAAACAAAAAAACCACCCUCUACAUAAAUAAUUUAAGUAAAUUAUCUCUUGAAUUCUUUAGACUAUGAUGAAUGUGCUCUCAAAGAAAGAAAUGAUUGCUCGCAGUUUGCCAACUGUCUUAACACAGUGGGUAGUUUUAUGUGUAUAUGUAAGCCGAGGUAUGAGGACGUGUCAGCAAAGAGCAAUCUCAGGCCAGGGAGGGACUGUCAAAGUAAGUCUUAUUCAACUCAUUAAAGCAUGUUCUCAGGGUGCUUAAAAUUAUACCAGUAUGAGUAACUAGAUGUUGAAUAUGGUUAAUUGAGAGUAAUAAUAUUAGUAAUAAAUAUGAUAAAAUAAAUUAUGUUUUCACUCAUUUUAUUACACAUUGUACCGGCAUAUUGUAUUUUCAGUUCUGAUGUUAAAAGCUGAAUGUUUGAAUUUUGUUACUUUCCCCAAAUUUAUUAUUUUUUUAUUUUAAUAUUAUACCGGUACUUAUACUGCUGAACUUUGUGUAUAUCUUGCAGAGAAACAUACCUCUAUAAAAUAAUUUAAAAUACUUCUUAUCAUUUAUUGUGUUUAAUUAUUGAUUAUUGGGUACGCUAACAGUAACAGUAGGGUAUCAAUCAUCUUCAUAUCCAUCCCUGUGGCUCUACAGCCCAUGUAGGGCUUUGGCCUACCUCACCACAUCCUUCCACUCAGACCUAACUGGCGCUUUUCUUUAUUUCCAUGCUUGGAUUCCCAGCUGCUGUAGAUAAUAUUACACAUCAUCCAUCCAUCUAAGCCUAGGUCUGCCUUUGAGCCAUUUUCUGCUUGGGUUUUGGUGGUGCACCUGCUUCACUCCUCUGUCAUUUGGAAUUCUUUCUAAGUGUCCCGCCAAGCAUAGUCUGGCCUUCUUUAUUUUUGCUACAAGCAUGGGAUUCUGAUAUAGACUAUACGAUUCCUGGUUAGUUCGUAUUCUCCAUCCAUUUUAUCCUGUUUGUCAGUAUAUUUUCCGAGAACUUUUCUCUCCCAUGUGUUAGGGUCCAAGUUUCACUUGUGUACCGGUAUGUUACUUUUACAACUUGUCUGAUCGUUUAAUUUUAAUAUUCUAUAAACAUUAAUUUUUUUACUACCUUCUACUCACAGUCCCCAAUACAGACACUACUGUUGUAUACAGUGAAUUGUAAGUUCUUGGGUUUUUUUCAAAUUUAUAAUAAAUUUCUUCUUUUUUUUUUUAAAUUCAGUGGUACUGUUCCAGGUAAAUUAUCUUAUACUGUACCGGUAUAUUAUUAUAAUAAUAAAAAUUAUAUCUAAGAUGUUGUAUGUUUCCUUUUAAAAAGCUGCCAAUGUGUUGUCUACAUUUAAUUAAUUUAAAUCUGAACAUUUUUGGUCCAAUAUCUAGUAGUACAUUACAUUAAAGAAUUUUUUUUUCUGAAUUUCAAGCUCAUUUUGGGGGUACCAUUAACAGUUCAUACUGACUAGUCAAAGAAGCUUAUACUUAUACUAGCACUAGUCUUAUACAAUUUGUAUUUCAAAUGAGUUAAAUGGCAACGUUUCUCAUCUUCUCAACGUGAUUUGUGGACAAGCCCAUCAACACCACAGAUAUGGUCAAAUUAAAAGAAAAUAUAAAUAGUCAUCAUGGCUCCCUUCCCUGGUGCAAAAUCAAAAGCUGCUUUAAACUAUACUACAGGCUACUAACUGUAAUUUCUACUUUUCAGAUGUUCCUCAGAUGACUGUAAAACAAAGUGGGAGUGUAUGUAUUUUAAUUUUAGGAAAUUUAUUCUACUUAUAUGAGUACAUUUGGAAAGAUAUUAUUUUACUUAAUAUUAGUACCGGUAUAAAUUGUUGGACUGACUAGUUAACGUGAAGGGUAGUCAAUAAAUGUAUACCGGUACACAUCUAUUCUGUUGGUAUGACCUCGAUUUUUUUCUAAAUUAUUUAGUUUUUGUUAAAAACAAAAGGAACAGUAAAACAAUCUCCAUGAUAUUUAUAAACUGUUUUUCAAAUGUCAAUGUCCCCAGAUGUCGCUCUAGCACUGACAGUGUUCUUGCUUAUUGUCAUGUCAUUUAUUACCUACGAGAUCAUUCAGCGAAAGCAGGAUUUCUCUGCAAGGUACUGAGACUAAAAUCACUUGCAGAUUUUUAAACAAAUUGUUACAUUGUUCGAAGUGGCUAUUUGUACCCGGGUAUCAGAAAUGAGAGGUUGGGAUUAAAAAAUUAUGUAAAAUAUUAUUGUUGGGUUUGUAAGACAAAAUGAGGUAUCAAAUGAAAGAUAAUCAAAUGGACUAUAUGUUUGAAUGUUUGUAAACUUACUUCUUCAGUUUAACUAAAAUAAACUAUCGGUACCACAAAUGACAUACGAAUGGGAUUUAGUUUUAGUCUAAAGGGACCCGGGUCUGAAUAGCGGAUAUGCGUACCUGGGUCCCUUUAGACUAAAUCCCAUUGGGAUGUCAUUGUUGAUAGUUUAUUUUAGUUAAAUACCCGGUAGUGAUAGGCUAUGUUGACCAGAAUAAGGCCAAAGAUAAGACUAUACCGGUAGUUGAUGAUAGCCAAUUAAAUAAAUAUUCUAAUUUUAGUUUUGCAAUUAGUUCAUGCUUGUUAAAAUUAAAUCAUGUCUGUACUUCUUGAUAAACUUUUAAGAAAAUAUAUACCUUUUUUUUAUGUUAAGAUUUAGAUAGUUUAAUUUUUAAAUGGUAUGAUUAUAAUUUAUAUAUAUUAUUAUUAUUUUUAAGAAAAUAUAUACCUUUUUUUAAUGUUAAGAUUUAGAUAGUUUAAUUUUUAAAUGGUAUGAUUAUAAUUUAUAUAUAUUAUUAUUAUUACUAAUUAUUAUAAUAUGUUCUGUCCUCUAGAAAACUUUAUGAAAAAUUUGGGACUACUAAAAUUCGUAAACUGAGACAGGCAAGUAUGAAAAGAAUACAGGAAAGUAAAAGAAAAAGGAGAGAGG